UACACCGAGGGCAAAAGACAGAAGGCGGACUUUAAUCUACUGCAUUAAACCGUUUAUUUACAGGUGGAGAAGGAUAACCAUUGAUGAUUCUUCCCCUCUGCGUGGAUACAGUAACUGUUGACUACUGGUGGUCAGUAAACACUUGAGGAUGAGGAAGUGGGGAGACCGGCUCCAGAAAGUGGAGCAGCUUGCUCAGUCGUUCCAUCAAAAUCCUCUAACGUCACGCUACAAACCUCGACUGUGGCCCUGCCAGCCUUCCUCUGUCUGGAAACUCUUCCCUCGCCAAAGCACUGCGAUCAGCUUCGCUCAGAGCUGCAAAGAAGUUGUACAUGUGUUUGCACUUGAGAAGGAAAAUGCAUCCCAUGGCCAGAGGAUCUAUCUGGUGACCAGUUACAGUGAGCUGUGGCACUACUACAGGACUUUCUCUCAGUCCUUGAUGCACUGCUAUGAGGUGAUCCCAGAGGGAGCUGUCUGUAAGCUUUACUUUGACUUGGAGUUCCACAAACCUUCAAACAAAGACUGUGAUGGUGGAGCGAUGGUGUCUAUGCUCAUCCAGUAUGUCUGUGAUAAGUUACUGGAGGUUUAUGGAGUUGAAUGCUCUGUGAAAAAUGUCCUCAACCUGGACUCCAGCACAGAAGAGAAGUUCAGUCGGCAUCUUAUUUUUAGUCUCCAAAAUGCCGCUUUUAAAGACAACAUACAUGUGGGACGGUUCAUCCAUGCUAUUCUGAAGCCCGUCCUAAACAAAGAUAAAAAUGGGAGUAACCUGGACCAUGGGCUGCAUUCAGAGGCGGAAAACACUGCAGAAGGGAGACACGCUGUCCCUGAGAGGAAGCCAGCACAGGCAGGUGGGAUGACUGAGAGUCCACAGAUAAAGAGGCGUAAACAGGAAGACCUCAGCUUCCUGCAGGUGAAAAACAAGGACGGCCGGGACUGUCUAUUUGUAGACCUUGGUGUUUACACCAAGAACAGAAAUUUCCGACUGUACAAGUCAUCAAAAGUUGGGAAGACUGCCGCUUUCACCGUCGCAGAAGGCAACCAGUUUAUUGGUAAAGCGGAGAAGGGAACGUCCCCAGAGGAGAGCGUAUUUCUGGCGUCGCUGGUGUGUAAUGUGAGUUUCACAGGUCAGAGAAUUCUUACUUGGGACGUCGCAGAAGAAAAUGAGCCCAAAGGCAAAAUGAAUCAUCACCAGCAAGGAUCGGCUUCACAUUCAGACACAUUUUCAGGGUGGCUGUCGUCACCUCACCAGGAACUCGACGAGUUUGUCCUGACAGUUGUCCGAAAGGACGGCAUCCAAGGAACCAUCAGACGAUGGAAUUACUUUCCUGCAGAACAGCUUCUGGUCUACGACAUCGCCAAAUACCGCUGGUGUGAGAACGUGGGCAGAUUUCAUAAAAGCAACAACAUCAUGAUUGUUGUGGAUUUAAGGGAGGAAGUCUGGUAUCAGAAGUGUCACGAUCCCGAAUGCAGGAACUUCAGGUCCUCCAGCUACCCGCUGCCGCAGGAGAUCUGCGUCAGCUACAUCUUGUCACUGGACGAAGAGGACCAGGCGUAUUUAAUGGACGACGCUGGCAACAUUGAACCCAGCCAGACGCCAAACCAGGCCAAGCAGAGGACAGCGGAGUCAGAGAAAACUCCCAACGUGUGGGGCAACGAGCUGGACGACCAGGAGUAUCUGGAAAGUCUGAAUGACUUUGAGAAGAGUGACGGGGAGAUCUCGGAUCAGCUGCUGCUCUCAUGCAUGGCAGACUUUGAUUCUUAGGAAGAGAUUGAUGUUACUUUACUGUACUAAAAUGGAUAACUUUUUAAGCAGGAUAAAAACAUGUAAAUUGUUUCUGAACCACUGUUAAUUGAGUGAUAACAAUAGACUAAUAUUGCGCAAUAUUUCUCAUGUAAAUUGAUGGAUAUGGUAGUUUGCUGUGCAGCUUGUUCUUGCCCUUUUCUAACAUGUUUAAAUGCUGGUAUCGUAAAUGACUGCGCCUCAGCAA